AAACAAGCAGUUCCUUUCUUCUUCACAAAUUUCCCGGACGACUGGAGCUAUGGAGAUAUGUGGAGAACUUUCCAUCAUUUUGGGAGAGUGUUUGAUAUUUACAGCCCUAUGCGUAGAAGUAGGAAUGGAAGCAGAUUUGGUUUUGUAAGAUACCUUGAGGUGUCGGAUGAAAAGGAAUUGGAGAGACGAUUGAAUGGCAUAAGGGUGGGAAAUUCCAAUCUAAGGGUGAAUAUGCCAAAAUAUAAUUUUCAGAAAAAUGAGACUGCAGUGGAGAGGAGGGAAACAGAUCAGGUGCAACAUCGCAGAAGUUAUGCCGAUGUGGUUAAGGGGAGUAAGAAGAACGACGGGAAAGCAAAGGUUGAGACACAAAGCAAGCAGAGCUGGAGCAAGCAGAGCUGGAGCAAGCAGAAUUGGAGCAAGCCUAGAGGAUUUAAAAGGAAUCAGUAUUGGAAGGCUAAAGAAGAAAAUAGAAACUGGGCAGGAUUAGAGCUUAAAGCAAGCAAGGAAGAUGAAGAAUGGUUAGGAAGCUGUAUGGUGGGGACAGUUUACUCAGUGGAGAUGGUACCAUUCCUGCAAGAAAAAUUUUACAUGGAGGGUUAUUUUACAUGUAAAAUUCGUCCAAUGGGAGGUAGAUUGGUUUUGCUUGAAGGAGGAGACAAGGAUGAAUUGAAAGAUCUGGUAGAACUUGCAGCAGAUUGGUUAGGACAGUGGUUUGAGGAAAUUAGACCAUGGUCACCAUCUAUGGUGGCAAGGGAGAGGUUCACCUGGAUAAAGUGCCAAGGCAUGCCGUUAAAUGCGUGGAAUCAUGAUAAUUUCAUGACGGUAGGCUGUCUCUUCGGCAAGUUCAUCUCCUUAGAUGAUAGUACAAGUAAAAAAAGGAGAUUCGACGUGGCGAGAUUCCUUAUUUCCACACCAUUAAUGGAGUUUAUAUCCAAAACAGUCACCAUUAAAAUCAAGGGCAUUCUGUACAAGAUCAGAAUCAUGGAGGAAGAGUCUACAAAUAGUUUAUUCAGAUUGAAAUCUGAUUGUGCCUUUAGUGAAAAGGAUGACUCAAAGGAAAACGAGUCCUGGUCACUAGGUAGUGACUCGGACUAUAAGCAAGAGAUGGGCUGCCAAGGUGAUGAUGGUAGAUACCAAGAUUGGCUAGAGAUGGAAGAAGGUGGGAAGAUUGAAGAUGAUGACGUGGCAAGUUUCCAUUGGAGGGAAGAGGAAGUUUCGGUGAAUCAACAAGUAAGCGGGGAAGAGAGAAGUUUAAAUUUGAAUGUAGACACAAAAAGAGCUGACAAGGUAAAGGCUGAUAACUCUCGAGAUAUGCAAUCAAAUGAUGUACCUAUAGAGAGGGUGUCAGAAAGUUUAAAGAUGGUGAAAGACCUAGACAAAAUAGGUGGCGGAGUAAAUGAAACAGAUGGGACUGAUGAAGAGGAAGAAAGGGAUAGAGGCGGGGAAGAUAAUGGGCUAACAAGGAAAGGGAGUAGUGGGCCAAAAAAGGAUGAGCAAGUUGGGCUUGGGAGACUGAAUGCAUGCAACAAAAACGAAAGUGAAAAGGAUAGCCUCAUAAAAGACCAGACAAUGGGGGAUUCAGGGGUAGGAGCCAGCAUGGGCCAAGCUGGUAAUCAUGCCAUAGAGAAUGUAGAGCCUGAUAAGAAGAAUGGAAACGAGCUUGACGAGAUCAAUCGAAAAGCGAGAACAGGAAAUGCAACGGAUGACAUAGAAAAUUCAGGAAAAGGUUUUUGGGAAGAUAUGGACAGUGAUUCGGGAAGGUUAGCCGAUUGGAUGGUGAGAGCUGAAUGGGUGAACCGCAACAGGAAAUCAAAAAGGAAGAAGUCCAAGAAGACUAUCUCAUGCCAGGAGGUAUAUAAAAGGUCUGCAGUACGUGAGGAGAUAACCAGAAAAAAGAGAACAAAGAGUAGCCGGAGCAACCAGAUCGAACUAGCAAAGGAAACCCUAGUAUUUCUUCAGGGGUCUCAGAGCAGAAUAGCGGGAGGAUCGAUUUCAGACAGUGACAUCAUUAAUAGGAAUCGCAAUCCCAUAGCUCAACAGAACAAGAAAGGGGCAAUAGAGAUCUGGGAGUUCGCAAAGAAAAUAGGGAUGGUGGCUGAUGAGAAGGAGGAAGAGGUAAUUCAAAGAAUUGAACGAAUGGAGAAUAGAGAUCAGAAUGCCAAAGAUCAACAAGGGGAGCAAGGAAGUGCAAAAGGAGGAGAAGGUAAAAGAAGGGGAAUUAGGGAGAUGGUCCAAAAGGAGAAAGUGCAGUUUUUGGCAUUACAAGAAACGAAAUUGGAGAAAAUCGAAGAGUGGGUAUGUCGAGCAAUGUGGGGUAAAAGGGAGUUGGAGUGGAUAACAAAGCCUUCAAAUGGGAGAUCAGGCGGACUACUAUGUUUAUGGGAACCAAGCACUUUUCAGAAAGUAAGCGUGUUUGAAGGUGGUAGUUUUUUGGGGAUUUUUGGCUUUUGGGGAAAGGAAAAGGUACCAGUGUAUAUAGUUAAUGUGUAUUUUCCAUGUGAAAUGGAUGGAAAAAGAGCACUUUGGGCAGAAUUGCUGGACUUAAUCACUAAGCACAGGGGUAAUUGGUGUGUGGCAGGAGAUUUCAAUGCAGUGCAAUCGAGGAAGGAGAAAAUAGGAAGCAGUGUAAAUGCCAGAGAAAUGAGAGAUUUCAAGAAAUUCAUCAGUGAUUCUGGUUUGGUUGAUCUACCUCUUAAUGGAAGAAAGUAUACUUGGUACCAUGCAAGUGGAGGAUCAAUGAGCAGAUUGGAUAGAUUUCUAGUCUCAGAGGAAUGGUUAUUGAAUUGGGAAGAUGCAAAACAAUGGGGGCUUAAGAGGACCAUUUCAGAUCAUUGUCCUGUGAUAUUAAAAAAUCAAAAAAUUGAUUGGGGUCCUAAACCCUUUCGAUUUUUUGAUGUAUGGAUGGAGAGACCAGGAUUUAAGGAAUUGGUAGAGGAGACAUGGAAGUCUGCAGAGGUUCAAGGUUGGAAGGGAUUCUGCUUAAAAGAAAAAUUGAAAAAGCUCAAAGGGGCAUUAAGAAACUGGAGCAAGGGGUAUGAGCAUGAGGUGGACAAAAACAUUGUAAAUGCUGAAGACCAAAUUGCAAGACUAGAUCUUAAAGGGGAGGGCCAACAGCUUACAGAGGAGGAGAUAGCAAGAAGAAGAGAGACCUUUGUUGAUUUGUGGAGGAAUAUGAGGAUUAAGAACAGAAUGUGCCACCAAAAAGCGAGGAGAUCAUGGUUAAGGGAGGGUGAUGCAAACACUGCAUAUUACCAUAAAUGUAUCAAGAGCAGAUGGAGAAGGAAUGAAAUAUGUAGUAUCUUAGCAAAGGGACAACAGUGUACUGAGGUGGAUGAAAUUAAGAGGGAAAUUGCAACACACUUUGAACAGGCUUUUAAGGAGGAAUGGCAAUGCAGACCAAAAAUUGAGGGGGCGGAGUUUAAAAUGAUUUCGGAGACUCAGAAUCCGUUCCUAAUUGCUCCUUUCACUGAGAAGGAAAUAAAAUUAGCAAUCUGGGAUUGUGACAGCACAAAGGCACCGGGUCCGGACGGAUUUAAUUUUAAUUUCAUCAAAAGGAAUUGGGAGGUUAUCAAAAAGGAUAUCACAGAGUUCAUACAGGAGUUUCAUGACAAGGGAAAGUUGGUGAAAGGCUCAAAUGAAUCUUUUGUGGUGUUAAUACCCAAAACAAAUAACCCGGAGAGGAUUGAGGAGUAUAGGCCUAUUUCACUGAUUGGGAUUAUGUACAAAAUCCUAUCAAAACUCCUUGCAAACAGACUUAGGCAGGUCUUGGAUGGAGUUAUUGGGGAGACACAAAUGGCUUUCAUAGCAGGAAGGCAACUACCUGAUGGGGUGGUGAUUGCAAAUGAAGUAUUGGAUGAUGCAAAGAAGAGCAAGAAGAAGUGUUUUGUCUUCAAAGCUGAUUUUGAGAAGGCUUAUGAUAAUGUAAAUUGGGGUUUCCUAGAUUUUAUGAUGAGAAAACUGGGUUUUGGUGAAAAAUGGAGAAGUUGGAUACAAGAGUGCUUGAAAUCGGCGUCUAUCUCUAUACUGGUAAAUGGAAGCCCAUCAAAGCAGUUUAGAAUGUCAAAAGGAUUGAGACAGGGGGAUCCUUUAUCCCCAUUCUUGUUUUUGAUUGUGGCAGAAGGGCUGAAUGGUUUAAUUAUGGAGGCAGUGAGAAAGGGCCUAUUGGAAGGAAUUCAAAUAGGAGGAAAUGAAAUAAAUAUAUCCCAUCUACAGUUUGCCGACGACACUUUAUUAAUGGGAUUAGCAACGGAGGACAAUAUAUGGGCGGUAAAAUGUAUCAUGAGAAGUUUUGAGCUUUCAUCUGGAUUGAAGAUCAACUAUGCAAAGAGUCAAUUAAUGGGAGUCAAUGUGGAGGAGGAAAGGUUAGCAAAGAUGGCAUAUUUGCUGAACUGUAAAAAGGGUGGAAUACCAUUCAAAUAUCUGGGUAUUCGGGUGGGAGGGAACCCUCGAAGUAGAAUAUUCUGGAGGGAAUUGAUAGAGUCUUUUCACAAGCAACUGUCAAGGUGGAAAGGCCAGCAACUAUCUAUGGGGGGUCGGAUUACUCUCAUAAACUCUGUGCUAUCUUCAUUACCCGUGUUCCAAAUGUCAACUCAUCUUCUUCCAAAAGGUACGCUGUCUAUCUUGGAUAAAAUUAGAAGGCAAUUUCUAUGGGGAGGUUGGGAAGAGCAUAAAAAAAUAAAUUGGGUUAAAUGGGAGUCGGUAUGUAGAAGAAAGGAUGAAGGAGGGCUAGGUGUAAAGGACCUUAGGCAUUUUAAUGCAGCUUUAAUGGGCAAGUGGUGGGCGAAACUGGCAGGGAAUUCAAAUUCCUUAUGGUAUGGAGUGAUUAGAAGUAAAUAUGGGAAUCUGGGUGGAAAUUGGAUGAGCUGGGUAAAAGAGGGCAAGGGGUCAACCGGAAAAAAAGGGCAUUUCUCUUGUUUGGUUCAAACAACCCACGGUGUUUCUCCGCCGUCCGAUAGGGUUCUUUCCGCCAAACCAGUUGGCGGAAGUUUUGAGCUUUCAUCUGGAUUGAAGAUCAACUAUGCAAAGAGUCAAUUAAUGGGAGUCAAUGUGGAGGAGGAAUGGUUAGCAAAGAUGGCAUAUUUGCUGAACUGUAAAAAGGGUGGAAUACCAUUCAAAUAUCUGGGUAUUCGGGUGGGAGGGAACCCUCGAAGUGGAAUAUUCUGGAGGGAAUUGAUAGAGUCUUUUCACAAGCAGCUGUCGAGGUGGAAAGGCCAGCAACUAUCUAUGGGGGGUCGGAUUACUCUCAUAAACUCUGUGCUAUCUUCAUUACCCGUGUUCCAAAUGUCAACUCAUUUUCUUCCAAAAGGUACGUUGUCUAUCUUGGAUAAAAUUAGAAGGCAAUUUCUAUGGGGAGGUUGGGAAGAGCAUAAAAAAAUAAAUUGGGUUAAAUGGGAGUCGGUAUGUAGAAGAAAGGAUGAAGGAGGGCUAGGUGUAAAGGACCUUAGGCAUUUUAAUGCAGCUCUAAUGGGCAAGUGGUGGGCAAAACUGGCAGGGAAUUCAAAUUCCUUAUGGUAUAGAGUGAUUAGAAGUAAAUAUGGGAAUCUGGGUGGAAAUUGGAUGAGCUGGGUAAAAGAGGGCAAGGGUAGAGGGUCAAAAUGGUGGCAAGAUAUUUGCAAACUAAAUGAUCUAAUACCAGGGAGAGAAGGGUGGUUGGAAGAUAAUUUUAAGUUAAGUAUAGGAGAGGGAAAGCGUGUGUGUUUUUGGCAAGAUAAUUGGCUAGGAACAGGUCCUUUGUCUAACCUAUAUCCUAGGCUAUUUGUAUUAUCAACAGGGAGGCAUAAUACUGUCAACCAGAUGGGGACAUGGAUAAGCGGACAAUGGUCAUGGAGCCUCCAAUGGAGGCGAGAGUUGAGGACAUGGGAAGCUGCAACAGAAGAUGAGCUAAGAAGAAUCCUUUCGAGAGUGCAACUCAUACAAGGGAAAAAGGAUAAAUGGGAAUGGAGCUUCGACACAAAAAAUGGCUACUCUACAAAUGUAGCCUAUAAGCUUUUAACAUCACCCCACAAUGGACUUCAAUUGGAAAUUUACAACAAAGUUUGGAAUACAAUGGUCCCAAGCAAGAUAAACAGACAAAACAAGGGUGGGAGGUUAUAUGGUUUGCCUGUGUUUGGUCCAUUUGGUUGUGUAGAAACAAUCGGAUAUUCAAGGGGAAAGAACUUGAGGCUGCAAGGGUGUUUCAAGUUAUUCAGAUUAGAUCCUGGGAAUGGAUAAAAGCUAAAAAAAAAAGGGUUGGGCAAUUCUACUUACAGAUUGGAUGAGAGACCCAAAGGUAUGUUUGAGAUAAGGGUGGUAGAAAAGAAAAGGACGUGAAUGCAUAAGAAUAGGAGUUUUUGGGUUCAAAUGAACAUAUUUUGAAAAU